AUGUCGCUACCCGUGCCGUGCCAAGAAGCAGCCAGAGUCGUCUUGAAGUGGCCUGGGUUACCGUACGACUUUAUCCACGCCAACUACGUGGCAACUCCACGCUCUCAGAAGCGUUACAUUUGUACGCAGGUAGGUCUACUACAAAGUAUUACAGUUUCAGUAUAAUAUAAUUGAAAUACACGAUAUACUGUAAUGUUAUUUACAUUUUGUACCUUUAGGGGCCUCUGGAAGCGACUGUAGCCGACUUCUGGCGGAUGAUUAUUCAAGAAGAGUCCGAUAACAUCAUCAUGUUGUGCAACUGCAUCGAAAAGGGCAUGGACAAGUGUGCCCCGUACUGGCCCACCCAAGUAGGUCAGACGGUACAGUACGAUGGGGACAAAGUUACCGUAACCCAUACAAAUAACAAUCUAUUACCUAACGAACAAAAUGUUGUCCGUACCUUUUUGACAAUUAAGUGGAAGUUGGAUGGCAAGCAGAACGAACGUGAGGUCCGCCACUACCAGUGGGUGGACUGGCCUGACCGUGGAGUACCAACUGGACUGAACACGGUGUUCAACUUGUUGUCAUCCGUCAGAGGUAGCGAUAAGCCCAUUGUCGUCCAUUGUUCCGCCGGCAUCGGUCGUACUGGCUCGAUUGUGCCGAUCGCCUACAUUAUGGAGCGCUUUCAGAUAGGCCAGCCUUGUGAGGAAAUGGCCGAGAUCUUCCGCGAGAUCAGAAACUCGCGCCCGUACUCGAUCCAAAACGAAGGUGUAAGUUCUGAGACUUUAACAUUUCUUUAUUUUUUACCUAAAAUAACAUGGUUUAUUACCUAAAAUGAUUAUUUUAUUAAUUUAUUGUGUAAAACUAUUUUUAUAGAUGAAAAGGUAAUAUGUUUCACUUUAGCAAUACCUGUUUGUCCACCGUGUCAUCUUGUACUACUUCUGCGAGCGCAACAAGAACUACGACCCGGCUGAUGCUCGCUACGUCAAGUUUGUGGAGGAGUACAAAAAGGACGUCUGCUGA